GAUAUAGCAUUGUGCAAAGCAUGGAUCAUGAUUGGUGAAGAUCCAGUGACGGGUACAGAUCAAAGUAUGGGUACAUUGUGGCAACGAAUUCAUGCUCAUUGGAUUAGGCAAUUGGGAGACAAGAUAACUGAAGAAAGAUCACACGGUGCUCUGAUGAACCGUUUUUCAAACUUUCAACGUGAUGUAAACAAAUUUUCACGAUACUACAAAAAUGUCCACGACAAUCCAAUCAGUGGUUACAACGAGUAUGAUAUGAUGAAUGCUGUUAGAGAACUAUAUGAACUUCAACAGAAAAAAAAAUUUAAAUACGAGCAUUGUUGGAAUGUUCUUCGGGAUUCGAAAAAAUGGCAGAUGCAUUGCAACGUUAACGAAAAUCCAACUAGACGACCAAUGAAAAGAGGUGUUGAUCUUGAUAUUAAUGAGCCAAGAAAUUGGUCGGAAUCGACUCCAACAACACCAGGUUCAUCAACUCCUACAGUAUCAACUCCAGGGUCGGUAAAUCUUGGUGAUGACGAUACACCAGUCGAUACCGAAGGUUCGAACAUGUGACGUCCCGAGGGACAAAAAGCAAGGAAGAUUCGUAAAAAGAAAACGCCAUAUCUUGAAGCAAGUAUUCUU